AUGCAUCGCCAGGUGGGCUACCUUGCCGUAACUUCGCUCAAGGCGGAGCACGGACAUGAGCCCGUGCCCGCGGCGCCCCGGAAUUCUAAGCAGAAGAGCCCAGACUCCCGGCUGACGGACUUUCACACGUUGCGUCCUGCAUCACCGGUAAGUAGAUACAGACUCCAUUUAACCAAGAUUUACAUCGCAAGAACAAACUCACAUGCUUUGUUCCUUGUUUAGGGAUGCAUUAACUACAGCGCUUACGGAUGAAAUCUAUUAAAGCGUGCAACCCAAAUAACCAAAACGUAAGCAGACGAAAACAGUGUUGCUAGGUUAAAACAAAGGAAUGGCAAACUAACGCAUUGUAGAAAAGGAAUGGAAUAUGGCUAUCCUUUGGUGUUGGUCAUGUGCCUUUUUAAAACCUUUUUUCAAUGCUUUUACAUUCUUAGUAUGUUUAUUGAAAGCCCUAUUAGGAGCAUCACAUACGACGGAAGCCACACGGAGGUGCAGAGCUUUGUCAAUCGCAUCGACACGCAAACCAUCAUUAUUCAACGACAGUAAAUCGUCAAACGGUGGGUUGCAUAGCGCGUGCACGUCCGAAGGCUUCCUGACACCGCAGUAUAUACAAACAGUGAAGACUUUACUUAAAAUUGGCUCCACAAUUCUACCUAACAUAAGCCAAAACUCACGCUUAGGCUUCCUCUGAAUUUGAAGACCUUCUAUGGCUAGGCAUAUAAGUGCUUCUUCUACUAGACAACGCAGAGAGAGAGAGUAUGCAAGUGGCCGUUCAGCUGAGCUACAAGUCCCAAAUGCACUUACGCACCACUGCCCAUUGCCGUGAUUGGUGCAGAGAAAUUUUUCGCGCUCAACAGAGUUCGUGCGUCAGCUAGGAUAUCCGGCAACCACGGUCUCAAAGCCUUUAGAAGGCGGUUCAAACGGAAAUGCGGCAUUUGUGAGCGUAAAGCCCACUUGCGAAGACUUUCAUGUGCGCGUGACUACUUCCCCCUAUGGCAAGCAUAUACGUCUUUGAACUCCCUCGAGAUAAUAAGCAAAAAUGUAAAGAAAUUACAGCAAUUGGUGAAUAUAGACACUGAUUCACAUAGGUCACUGGUUUUAUGGUUACAAAGUAGCAUAGUCCGCUUGUGGCUGCAGCACGUCUGUCAAGUCGACAUUUAAAUGUCUCCACAGAUUGAGACGUAACAAUCCUCUCGGCAGGUUAUUCCACGGCUCCACGACACGUUUGGAUAAAAAAUACUUCCUCACACUCGGUCUACUUUGAAGCAAAAGUAGUUUGGAGGGAUCUCCCCCGAGGUAAGUUGUAGUGGCGAGUUGGAGGAAGUCGUCGCACCGGAGGACUCCAGUCCAAGCCACGCCCUAUACGGAAAGUUUGUAUCAAGUCUCUGCUCAACUGCUUAUAACUCAGAAUGUAAGGAGUAACGCAAUUAAUGCAUCAGGCAAACGCGGAUUGUCAGAACUCCCUUCGUACAGUGACUGGCAGCAGAGGCCGCUGAGUGUCUUAACAAGUUUACGGAUACACGCACCGUAGGAAGAUUCAGAGGGACACGUUUCCUUUUAGGAAGGAGAAGGUACAACUUCUGGCCUAGCUCUUACAUUCGGUGUCUACGGUGGGAUCCCACGAAUAUAAUCCAACGUCUGAAAUGUGUUAGGAUACUGCUGUAAAUGACAUCGGUGAAUUUUCUGUAGAAGACGUUAAAAUGGUCCUCAGUAAAUGUAAAGCAGAGAAGUCUCCUUCAUUGGAUGAAAUUCUCGGAUUGCUAUUUGCGAAAUUAUCUGCAGACCUGGGAAUAUAGCUUUCUUCUAAAUUAGUGCUGCCAGUGCAGACAGGAGAGUUGCCGUCGAAGUGGAAGAGGGCCAACGUAGGUCCCUUAUACAAAUGGGUAGCUAAAUGGUCAUAGACCGCUUUAGGCCAACAUAUUUGGCUGAACCUAUUUGCAACAUAAUAGAAGUCAUUACAAAGCAUAUUUUAGUACAAUUUCGCAACAAAAAUAAGAUCUCCCAGAAUUUUUAGCAUAUUUCCCGACUGGGGUAUUCCUGUCUGUCAAAUAUGCUACUGGUGACUCCGUUUACCAGCUUCCGUGACUAACUCGGAGGCGAUAGCUCCCACAGGGGUACGUCUAUUUUGCUUUCCUGUCACUGCACGAUAAAAUAACAUUUUGGGAAAUUUGAACGAUAUUACAUGAUCAUAGACUUUGAGUGCAUAGCCCACCCGACUUGCCGGGCAUUAAAAACGUUAUCAGACACGUUUGGGUGAGUUUUCUUGGUACAAUGCUAUGCUAUGACCCAGUAGUGACAUUAAAGUCCGCUUUGUCUUGAUCAAUUACAACACGCUCUUUAAGAAACUUAACACAACUUUGAAUGAGACAAAGAACAAUCACGUGCAUUUUUACCUGCUAACGACUUUGUUCUUGUUUACUAUUUUGGAACUGUUGGGAUACUCCUAUCUUCGUUUACUGGAUAGGCUACUCACUAUGCCCAACUAAUGGGUUUAUCCUUUACAUUGGUGACCCUGUAUCGUUCAUAGAUCUUUCUGUUUCAUUUCUGUGAAUGACUAUUUCCAUUCGGAUUAAUCCUCACUCUACUUUUUAUUGAUCAGAUUAUUCAUCUAGCCCUUAUUUGAUGUUCACGCUGUCUCACACUUUUAUUCAAUACGAGUGCUACCCUUCAAUCUCAGUGUCAACGUGCCAGUCAUAUAUCCCAUUUAUCUGACCUCUGACCGACAUCGGCUUAUUAUGUCCAACGAUUCUAAUAGCCAGCCGAUAGCCGGCAUUCGCACCUUUAACCGGCCAGCCGUAUGGCUUGAUGACGUCGCAUUGCGGCUGCGCAGUGUAGAGUCCCGUUUCGCCCUCCGUCAAAUUACACGAGAGGAUACGAAAUUUCACUAUGUUGUGGCAGUAUUCGCAAUGGAAAUCGCCACCGACCUCCGCGACAUCAUAGAUUUCCAGCCCACAAAAGCCCCUUAUACUGCCCUAAAGGAAGAUCUCAUUUCCCGAAUUUCCUUGUCAACGCAAAAACGUCUGAAACGUUUUAUUUCUGAGGAGGACCUCGGUGACAGGAAGCCUACGCAGCUUCUUAAGCGUUUGGAGCAGUUGGCAGACGGACAAAAGCUGGAUGCCACCAUGUUCAAGCAACUUUUUCUUCAACGGUUGCCUCCUUCUGUGCAAGCCAUCCUUGCGCCUAACAUUCCUUCUUCGACUGCUUAG